CAGAUAAGUCCAAGUGAUAGGCUGAGAUUUGUUGUGAUGCUGCAAGAGAUAUAGGUAUAUAAACAUAUUCCGGAGCCGAUUUUCGAAGAUCGGCUAGCCGGGGUCACCAAAUGGAUUGUGUUCUUCUGAGCUCACAUUUGUCAUCGCAUGCUAUUGUUAACACAAGGUUUCAACAAGGCUCUGUUAGUCUCAACAGUGUAGGAUUUGCAGUUAUCAGAAAAGGAUGCUUAAGAUUAAGGUGCUAUGCAAUUGGUGAUGAAGGGAGUCUGAAUGAUCCUCUGAAGGAGAACAAGAAUGGCCCAAUUUUGGAAGAACUAAACGGGUCUGCCGCUUCCUUUCGAACUGUUGGGGCUGAAAUCACUCAGGAAACAGGAGAUUUUUUUGUCAGCGAUGCCGAGGGUGACCCAGACAAACCUACGGAGGGUUUCUCCUCGAUCGAGGAUGCUCUAAAUUCAUUGCGCAAGGGAAAGUUUGUUAUUGCUGUAGAUGACGAAAAGGGUGACAACGAAGGGGAACUUGUCAUGGCAGCAGAUCUAGUCAGCCCAGAAUCAAUUGCAUUCAUGAUCAGAAAUGGUUCCGGUAUCAUCUCAGUGGGAAUGAAGGAAGAGGAUCUAGAAAGAUUGAUGAUUCCUAUGAUGUCUCCCGUCACUGAAAUCGGUGACAUUUCAGCUGCUGCUUCCACAGUGACAGUGGAUGCCAGAGUGGGCAUAUCAAAUGGCGUGUCAGCUGCAGACAGGGCAAAAACCAUCCUUGCUCUAGCAUCCCCUGACUCUAAGCCCACUGACCUCAGAAGGCCAGGCCACAUCUUCCCCCUCAAGUACCGGAACGGCGGCGUGCUGAAAAGAGCAGGGAACACAGAGGCGUCGGUGGAUCUUGUCACAUUGGCCGGCUUGCGCCCUGUGUCCGUUCUGUCGACCAUCAUCGACCCGAAGGACGGUUCGAUGGCAGGAACACCAAUGCUGAAACAGAUGGCUUUGGAGCAUGAUAUCCCGAUUGUCUCGAUCGCUGAUCUCAUCCGGUACAGGAGGAAGAGGGAGAAACUGGUGGAACUGAUAGCAGUAUCUCGUUUGCCUACUAAAUGGGGCCUUUUCCGCGCCUACUGCUACCAAUCCAAGCUGGAUGGAACUGAGCACAUAGCUGUUGCCAAGGGCGAUAUCGGCGACGGGGAAGACGUGUUGGUGAGGGUGCACUCGGAGUGCCUGACGGGAGACAUCCUCGGCUCCGCCCGCUGCGACUGCGGCGAGCAGCUUGACCUGGCGAUGCAGCUGAUCGAGAAGGCCGGCCGCGGCGUCCUGGUGUAUCUGCGCGGCCACGAAGGCCGGGGCAUCGGGCUCGGCCAGAAGCUCCGCGCCUACAACCUGCAGGACCAAGGCAGCGACACCGUGGAGGCCAACGUCGAGCUCGGCCUCGCCAUUGACUCCCGCGAGUACGGCAUCGGCGCCCAGAUUCUUCGGGAUAUCGGCGUACGCACGAUGCGGCUGAUGACGAACAACCCGGCCAAGUUCGUGGGGCUCAAGGGGUACGGGCUGGCCGUGGUGAGCCGUGUCCCGGUGAUCUCGCCGAUCACCAAGGAGAACCAGAAAUACCUCGAGACAAAGAGGACCAAGAUGGGGCACAUCUACGGCUCCGACCUCCCCGGCGGCCUGCUCAAAGAAUUCCUCAAUCCGACGGAAGACAACACUACAAGCUAAUUUUAUACUUGUUACUACAACACAUUGCACAUAUCUUUGACGUUUCUUUCUUUAUACUCUGAGGCUCUGAGCAAUACAAUAAUCAAAAUUAAGA